CUUAAAUAAACGAUGAUUUCAUGUCUAAGCGAGACAGUUUAACGCAAUAUUUCUGUUUGUCUGACGAUUAAUCGGUGCUGUUUUUCAAAGAGUAAACCCGUGGUGACGCCUUCAGGCUGCUCUGGACAAGCUCAGACCAAACUUCAUAAGUUAUAGUGAUAAAUCCUCUGUUUGAGGAGUCGGACAGUUGCAUUAUGGGCCUCAGCCCUGUCUGAGCGGUUAAGAAACCCCUUGACGCUGUGCGACCUCCUUCACGCGUGGGAGCCGGCCAAUGGGGGAGCGAGGCUCAGUUGUCCCGAGGGGAGUGGUGUUCCAGCGUGCCGGGGCAAGACGCGCUGCCUCACUUUGCCUUUAUAAGACUCUCAUUCUUCCAGAAAACCUCAGAGCUGCUCCGAUUGUUGACAUUUUCAACUCUUCUAGUGUGUUUUCAGUCGUGCGAUGGAUCGCGACGACUGAUUUGAGGAUGCAGGACGACUGGGACUCACAGGGAAGAGCAGCAGGAGUGAUCGGUGAUCAACAUGGGCAGGAUCCAGGUGGGAAGGAAGCAGUGCAGAAGAGGACUUUCACCAGAUGGAUGAACGUGUUUCUGAAGAGAUGCGAUCCUCCUCUUGAAGUCCAGGACCUGUUCACCGACGUCCAGGGCGGGAGAGUGCUCAUGGCCCUGCUGGAGGAGCUGUCAGGGUGCAAACUGCUUUACAGGUUUCGGUCGUCUUCUCAUCGCAUCUUCAGACUGAACAACAUUUCCAAGGCUCUGGCUUUUCUCGACGACCGGCAUGUUAAGCUGCUGGGCAUCGAUGCCUGUGGGAUUGCUGACGGCGUCCCGUCUGUCGUUCUCAGCCUCAUCUGGAACAUCAUCCUGCAUUUCCAGGUGGAGGAGGUGACCGAAGGCCUGCAGAGGCUUCUGUCCUCCACCCCGUCCUCCUCGUCCUUGAGCAGCUACCCGUCCGCCAGCGACCUCUCGCUCCUUCCACAUGACGACGGUGACGGCGUCUCCUGCAGCACGUUGCCAAGGAAACGCAGGAAUGCUGCCAGGCAGCAGAAGUACCGCAGCAAAGCAGUCGGGACGCUGCUGCAGUGGGUCCAGAGACGCACGGCCAAGUACGGAGUGAAUGUUUAUGACUUCGGGAAGAGCUGGCGGAGCGGGCUGGCGUUCCUUGCCAUGAUUAAGGCCGUGGAGCCGGACCUGGUCGACUUGAGGGAGAGCUUUUCUCGAGAGCCGAAAGAAAACGUCCGGCAGGCCUUCAUGGUCGCCCAGCACAGCCUGGACGUGCCUCCGCUGCUGGAGCCUGAAGACGUGACAUGCAGCUCGCCAGAUGAGCAAUCCAUCAUAACGUACGUGUCAACGCUCCUGGGUCGUCACUCGGGCAUCGAGGAUCAUGUAACAAACUCUGAAGUUCCUGAGAUCCCCAACUUCGGAUCCGUAGAGUCGGUCGCCCUCGGAGAAACUCUGGCCGGCGACCCAGAAGUCCAAGCUCUGCUGAAAAGCUUUGAGAAGAGCAGCGAACAGAUUCUGUGGAGACAGUGGUCCAGGAGAUCUUCGGGGACUUCGGCGCCAUCCUCUGCCCCUCCCAGGGUUUUGCAGCCAUCCAGUCCGCUGGACGUGACCGUAGCCAGCCAGGAUAUCCGGGCGUGGAUGGGGAAGGGGUUGGCCUGGGGGAAUGGCGAGCAGAGGUCGGAUAAAGGUCAUGUUUCCCUGAGCUCUGAAGAUGGAGUCUGCAGCUUGUCAGCUCUGGAUUCGGAUGAAGAGGACGCCUACAGCUACAUCCUGGAUCUGAACACAGGAGGUUUUCAAUCAUUUAAUCACUCGGAGAGAGAAGUGCCGACAGUUGAGGAGGAAACAGCUGAGGAAAUGAGAGACGAGUCUCAACAUCUGGAAGCGCACAAAACCUUCAACGGCUGCGGAUCUAAACAUCGGCGAGGCUCUGCUGGUCAGGAUCCAGAUUUCAAUCAACAACCGUAUAAGAAUAAAAGUAACCGGAGAGAGACGACGGACCACAGAGAUGUUCCUGACUCGGAGCCAGAGGCUGAGAGAGGACGCAAAGAAGCGUGUGAAGAGGAGAGGGAUGAUGACGGUGGCUGUCGUGAUGGAGAAAGGGAGAAGAAGAGGAAAACGGCUACAUGGGUGAAGGAUGGAUGUGACAACACUGAGGCUGAUGAGGAGGACGCAGAAGUCUUUGAAGCGGCUCGUCGGCAGAGAAAUGUUGAGGGAGAAGAGGGAAGAGAGCUCUCAGGAAAAUGGGGAUGUGAGGACGAGAGGAGAAGACGGUUGGAUGGUUGUGUAAGAUCUGAGGAGGAGGAGGGUUUAAGGUACCAGACCGAGAUGGGGGACAUUUGUUUAAGGAAAGGAGAAAUGAAUGGACGGACGAGUGUGAAUUCAGACAGUUUCAAGGUUAAAGUAAGGGAUGAAGUAAGAAAUACAGACGCAGCUCGAACUGAGACGGUGGAGGGAAGCGACAGCGCUGAUGAAAUGGAGGAAAGUGUUCACUUCAGGCCUCUUAGAGCAGCAGGUGGAGAGAAACCGGAAAACACGAAACCCAAAGAUCUGACGUCGUCAACAGCCGUCCGGAGAAAUGAUAUCCAUGACGGCGACAGCGGUCAGACUGGUGCACAAACGUCUCAGUCUCCCAGGAACGAGGGGAGGCUCUUCCUGCGAUCUUUAGCAGCCUCUUGUGACAUAACCCCAUUAGAGCUGGAAAUGCUGCUGGUGCUCUGGAUCCUGCUCUACUGCUACUUCAUCCUGUUUCCGACGAGCCUCUGAGUCCCCUCGCACUGCACCCUCCUAUUAAGAUAUGCUUAUUAGCCCAGUUUCCACUAAUGAGCCAAACAGGGACACCUCGGGCCGGGCCGAAUCUUUAUCUGUGCCACUAAAUUUCCCUCAAGGCAGCAUUUAACGAUCAUGUUUGCUUCUUGCUACCAGCAGAUGUAAUUUGUAAUAACUCAGGCUAUCGCCUCAGAUAAACCCAUAAUGCCCUAAUCCCCAUAAUUACAUAGAUUUUCAGCAUUAUCAGACGUGGUUUGUGAGCUGUUUGUUGCUGAAUAAAUGUCCCAAACACUCUGUUUGUGUGAUUGAUUUCCCUGGCAGAGCCACUCCUUUCCAUCUCAGUCGGUGUUAAUCAACCACAUGGUGGCAUCGCAGCUUUGCAGCAGCAACCGGUUAGAGAUGACAGACUGUCUCGCUCGCCGCCCGCCGAGAAUCCCACAUGACCUGCUGUUUAA